CCGCGGCCCCUUCCUCCCGCAGCUGGUGCUGUGGGGUGGCCGAGCCGCUCUUCACCGUCUCUAUGGCCCCGGAUCCCAGCGCAAAGAAAACAGACUUCAAAGAACCAAGACUAGCUCUGCUGUCAGAGGCAAGGUGACCCUGAUAGUAACCUGUAACCCCCUCAUGACACAACUCCCGCUCACCAUGGAGCUUGCAUUUGAUGUUGAAAGGCAUGUAAUCCCUCCUUCCCUCUGACUUCUUAGCUGUGAUUCCAUGGCCACACAACCCGGUGGCUCCAUGUCCCCCCCAUUCCAGGAUCCUCCCUGGCCCCAUGACUCCUUGACCCCCGUGGUCUCAUGACCCCUGACCUUCCACGUGACCUUCUUGGACUUUGACCCCUUGUGACUGUUCUUCCCCAUCCCCACCUGUGACUGUCCCUGGUUGCCCGUGGGGGUCUUGUUGGUCUGGACCUUCCCAGGAAGAUGUGGGGGAGGCUCUGGCCGCUCCUCUUCAGCUUCCUCACAGCAGUGGCAGUCCCUGGACCUUCCCUGCGGAGACCAUCCCGAGAGCUAGAUGCUACCCCACGGACGACCAUCUCCUAUGAAGAACUCUCUGGGAUGCGGCACUUCAAGGGCCAAGCCCAGAACUACUCAACACUGCUUCUGGAGGAGGCGUCAGCAAGGCUGAUGGUGGGAGCUCGAGGCGCCCUGUUCUCUCUCAGUGCCCAUGACAUAGGAGAUGGGGCUCACAAAGAGAUCCACUGGGAGGCCUCCCCAGAGAUGCAAAGAAAAUGCCAUCAAAAAGGGAAGAACAACCAGACCGAGUGCUUCAAUCAUGUGCGGUUUCUACAGCGGCUUAAUGCUACCCACCUCUAUGCAUGUGGGACUCAUGCCUUCCAGCCCCUCUGUGCAGCCAUUAAUGCUGAGGCCUUCACCUUGCCAACCAGCUUUGAAGAAGGGAAGGAAAAGUGUCCUUAUGACCCAGCCCGUGGCUUCACAGGCCUCAUCAUUGAUGGAGGCCUCUACACUGCCACGCGGUAUGAAUUCCGGAGCAUUCCUGACAUCCGCCGGAGCCGCCACCCACAUUCUCUGAGGACGGAGGAGGCACCCAUGCACUGGCUCAAUGAUGCUGAGUUUGUGUUCUCUGUGCUGGUGAGGGAGAGCAAGGCCAGUGCGGUGGGUGAUGAUGACAAGAUUUACUACUUCUUCAUGGAGCGUGAGGAAGGCUCCAGCAGCUUCACUCAGAGCCGCAGCAACCACCGUGUGGCCCGCGUGGCCCGUGUGUGCAAGGGAGAUCUGGGAGGGAAGAAGAUCCUGCAGAAGAAGUGGACAUCCUUCCUCAAGGCCCGUCUCAUCUGCCACAUUCCCCAGUAUGAGACACUGCGUGGGGUCUGCAGCAUGGACACCGACCCCUCGGCCCACACACACUUCUAUGCAGCCUUCACACUGACCACCCAGUGGAAGACCCUGGAGGCCUCAGCCAUCUGCCGCUAUGACCUCACUGAGGUACAGGCUGUCUUCGCAGGUCCCUACAUGGAGUACCAGGAUGGUGCCCGGCGCUGGGGCCGCUAUGAGGGUGCGGUGCCUGAGCCCCGGCCUGGCUCAUGCAUCACAGAUUCAUUGCGCAGUCGAGGCUACAACUCAUCCCAAGACUUGCCGUCCCACAUCCUGGACUUUGUGAAGUUGCACCCACUGAUGGCUCGGCCCGUGGUGCCUACACGUGGACGGCCCCUGCUGCUCAAGCGCAAUGUGCGCUACACGCACCUCACAGGCACACCUGUCACCACACCUGCGGGACCUACCUAUGACCUGCUCUUUCUGGGCACAGCUGAUGGCUGGAUCCACAAGGCCAUAGUCCUGGGCUCUGGGAUGCAUAUUAUUGAAGAGACACAAGUAUUCAGGGAGCCCCAGCCUGUGGAGAAUCUAAUCAUCUCUCCCAUGCAGCACAGCCUCUACAUUGGGGCUUCCAGUGGAGUGAUUCAGCUACCACUAUCCAGCUGCUUCCGCUACCGCUCCUGCUAUGACUGCAUCCUGGCCCGGGACCCCUACUGCGGUUGGGACCCCAACACCCAUGGCUGCAUGGUGGCCACCACCAUAGGCAACAGGACAGCACUGAUACAAGACAUAGAGAGAGGAAAUCGAGGCUGUGAGGGCAGUAGGGAUACAGGGCCACCAGCACCACCACUGAAGACGCGUUCUGUGCUCCGGGGUGAUGAUGUCCUCCUGCCCUGUGACCAGCCAUCCAACCUGGCACAGGCUUUGUGGCUACUCAAUGGGAGCAAGGGUCUGAGUGACGGGCAGGAUGGCUACCGAAUAGGCAUCGAUGGGCUGCUGGUGACAGACACACAGCCUGAACACAGUGGCAAAUAUGGCUGCUAUGCUGAAGAGAAUGGCCUCCGUAUCCUGCUGGCUUCUUACAGCCUCCUAGUCCGGCCAGCCACUCCUGCCCCAGCUCCACAGGCCCCUGCCACACAUGGGGCACAGCUGGCACCUGAUAUGAGGCUGCUCUAUGUGCUAGCCAUUGCUGCACUUGGUGGCCUCUGCCUCAUCCUAGCUUCCUCCCUUCUCUAUGUGGCUUGUCUGAAGGGAGGUAGACAAGGACGUCGACGAAAAUACUCACUGGGUCGGGCUGGCCGGACAGGUGGCUCGGCAGUGCAGCUGCAAACAGUGUCAGGCCAGUGUCCUGGAGAGGAAGAUGAUGGUGACGACGGGGAGGGGCCUGGGGGCCUGGAAAGUAGCUGCCUCCAGAUCAUCCCUGGGGAAGGUGCCCCAGCCCCACCCCCUCCACCACCACUCCCUCCGCCAGCUGAGCUGACCAAUGGACUUGUGGCACUGCCCAGCCGGCUUCGAAGGAUGAAUGGCAACAGCUAUGUGCUCCUGAGGCAGAGCAACAAUGGAGUUCCAGCAGGACCCUGCUCCUUCGCAGAAGAACUGAGCCGCAUCCUGGAGAAGAGGAAGCACACGCAGCUGGUAGAGCAGCUGGAUGAAAGCUCUGUCUGAGCCCAGCCUCCCUAACAAAUGCUCUCCCGAGCCAGCCUGUCUGCCUGGGUCAGACUGCUGCAUCCCCAACAGACACCCUCCUUCACAUACCCCCUUCCCUGCCUUUCUCCCCAUUUUUUGAUGUCUCUGUAGGCUGGCUAAGUCAUGGCCAGCCAAAGCCCCCUCCUCAGUCUCCAAGACCCACAUGUGAGCAGCCCAGGCCCACCGGUGCUCCUCAGAGGUAGGUGCUCCCUCAGGACCAGGUGCUUUGCAAAUCUAGACCUAGAUUCCAUCCCCUUAACCUAAAUGCUUGGGAGGAGAGGAGUCCAUCCUCUUGUCCCAUUUUCUGCCCAACCUUCCUCUUCCUCCCAGGUAGGGCUCUGCAGGUCCAGAUGGCCUCAAUGUCACCACCCUCUGCAUAGCCCUGUGUCCUGGAUAGUCCUGAAUCCAGACAAGACCUCUGCCAGCCACCUGAGCCCUGCGUACAUUCACAUGUGCACAUGGAAGAAUGUUUAUCAGUUGGGCUGCAGCAACCUUCCCUUUCUGCUGUAUUCUGUUUUCAUCCUUUCUGGAUUUGGGGUAACCCCCAAAUUGUCCAGUCCCUAUUUAGUACUCUCCCUCAGUCUCAGGCCCAUAGAUAACAUCUUUGGCAAGAGCUUGGGAACAGGCCAGCCUAGGAGGUAAGACUGCCACAUUCCCCUCUUCUUCCUUCCUGUGUAGCCUUUGUGAGUCAGCCUUCCACUUCCCUUGGUCACAUCGAAGACUGGCAUCCCUUCCGAAUGCAUAUGUGGAAUGCACCCACAUCACACACAUGCUUACAUUCCCACCCACGUGCAUCUUCUGAGCUUCCCCUAGUUGCCUCAGACCUGUGUUGUCAGGUUUGGUCCAUGAAUAUUUCAAAGGGAGAGUCUCUCCCAUCUAGCUAUCCUCAGACGUUCCUUAGGAUGGUGACCAACACUGCACUCAAUGAGCCAGCCUCCCUUCUGGGAAUCAAGUAUUUCUUCCCCUAGACCAGAGCAAGGGGAGACAAGAUCUGACAUCUCACCUGGCAAAUGAAGCCCGUUCUUGGAACUAUGCAAAGGGCAGAGGCUGGGAGUUUGGAUGUUUGGCUCCCACCCCUGUCCUACCUCACCGGGGCACUUUCAGGGUCCAGGGGCCUCCAAAGUCUCUAGGCUCCUAUGGGACAAUCAAUCCUGACUGAGCUCCCCCAUUUCCCUUGGGUGAGGACAGACUGUUAUUUUUGUAGCUGAGAACGUGGAAUCCCACGGGUUUUUACUGCCCUUUGCCCAAACCUCUCCCACCUCCACCCCACAAUGAAUGUAUUUAUUGUGAGAACGGCUACACUUCUUCAGGAAUGCCCACACUCAUCACUCAGGUGGGUGGAACAGGCAUGUAAAAGAGUGGGGAGCCUGGGCUCAGCUCCUCCCGAUGUUGGUUAAUAAAUGCCCUUUCCCUCCCCA